AUGCUGAGCCACAUCCGACACCAAACAAGCAAGACCCGGAAUCAACACCAAAUCGACUAUAGAAAUGAACGAGGCGACUCUAACCUUCCGACUUCGAACUUACACCUACCCUUUUUGAUCCCAGCAUGGGCUAAUUCUACCGAUACUACUCCUGCCACUGCUGUCGGUGGGUGGGAUACGACAGGGAAUGGUCAGGCUGGUCGGGAACCGGAGCCGGAACCGAACACAAAGAGCAACAACCCUGCCCCUACUCCAGAACGCGAGUCAAGGCGCAGUCGUAGUCGUAGCCCGAUCCGAAAUGGUACAGACCGGCGUGGCAGGGACGAUAGUAGCAACCCAGGCACGAACCUGCAUAUCUCUGGUCUGCACCCCCGCGUGACGGAUCGGCAACUAGAAGACGUCGAAAAGGCGCAAGUUGUGUACGACCCUCAUACUCGUGACUCGCGCGGGUUCGCCUUUGUCCUAAUGCAUACACUUGAAGAAGCUGAAGCAGCCAUCACCGGUCUGAACGGAUAUGUCCUCGAAGGCUCGGCCCUGCGUAUCGACAAGGCUAGGCGCGGCAGAGCUCGCACGCCUACUCCGGGUAAAUACGUGGGACCCUCAAAAUAUUCUGAACGAUCAUAUGCUCCGCGUGAAUACGAUGACUAUAGAUAUCGAAGAGGUGGCGACUACGACGAUUAUUACAACCGUGGAUUUGAUAGGCGUAGGUGGUAUGACGAAGAUCGAUACGGCGAGGAUCGGUAUGGUGGGCGGUACGAGAGGUACGGCAGCUCUCGCUCACGUUGGGACAGCAGGGACUACAGGGACUAUGAGAGGGAUUACGAUUAUGAAAGAGGUAGUCGCUAUAAUCGCGGGGGGCGUGAUGACUAUUCAAGACGAUAA